UCUUUAUUUACGGACCGCCCGGGUGUGCGAAAAAUUAUCAAAGCAUCGUUUAAAGCAUCUUAUACUUGUAAAUUUUGAGAGCUAUUGGGUUCAAAGAUAUAUUAAUUUAAUUUGUAUGCACUGAACUACCAUAGUGUUUAAGCAGUUAAAUAAUAUUCAAGAGCUCAAGAAUGGCAGAAACGGCGGCCGCAGUCUUAGCGUCAGCUGCGGGAGGUUCAUCAGACAAAGAACACCAAGAGCAAAUUAAAUCGUUCCGCGAUUUUUUGCUGUCUUACAAUAAGCUCUCAGAAAUUUGUUUUGACGCCUGUGUCUGGGAUCUGACUACGAGAAAAGUGAAGGAUCAGGAAGACAAAUGCGCCAUGAAUUGUAUGGAGAAGUAUUUAAAAAUGAACCAGCGAGUGUCGCAGAGGUUCCAGGAAUUUCAAGUCCUCGCGAAUGAAAACGCCAUGGCAGCUAUGCAGAAAGCAAGUCCUUAGUUACAUGUAAAAUAUGUGUUAAAAGUUAGACUGGUAAUGAAAA